CAGAGAGAUAUCAGAUGGUAGCCACCUUAAAAGACUCGGAAAGAGAGCAUUUCAGAGUACUUCACAAAAGUCUGCUCCUUUAUUUCCGUUUCUUGCAACUGAGGUUCAUCUCUGCCUUUUUGCUCCUUUUCACAGCCAUGCAAAUCGUUUCUAUUUCUCUUUCUGGGAAAGAGAAAGCUAUGACGGGUUCCACGUCUGUGCAGCCACAGUUCAUUGUCAGCUCUGGUAAUCGGAGCUUUUCCCGUGCACCCCUCAUUGACAAUUCAGAUACUGAUAGAAUUGUCGUUCCGGACAAGACAAGCUGGAAGAACCUGUUUGCAUAUAUAGGUCCGGGGUUCCUUGUUUCUAUUGCAUAUAUCGACCCUGGAAAUUUUGAAACUGACCUGCAGUCAGGAGCAGAAUACAAGUACGAGUUACUUUGGAUCAUAUUAGUGGCCUCAUGUGCUGCUCUUCUUAUACAAUCUCUAGCAGCCAAUUUGGGGGUUGUCACUGGAAAGCAUUUAGCAGAACACUGUAAGGCUGAAUAUCCUAGGGUGCCAAACUUCAUCCUCUGGAUUCUUGCUGAAAUUGCUAUUGUUGCGUGUGAUAUUCCUGAAGUAAUUGGUACAGCCUUUGCAUUGAACAUGCUCUUCAAAAUUCCAGUGUGGAUUGGUGUUCUUCUUACUGGGCUUAGUACGUUGGUUCUUCUAGCACUACAGCAAUAUGGGGUCCGGAAGCUUGAAUUCUUUAUUGCUUUUCUUGUUUCUACAAUUGCUGCAUGCUUUCUUGUGGAGCUUGGCUAUGCAAAACCCUCUGCUUCUGAAGUUCUCUACGGGCUUUUUGUUCCACAACUCAAGGGACAGGGUGCUACUGGCCUUGCAAUUUCACUUCUUGGUGCCAUGGUUAUGCCGCACAAUCUCUUCCUUCAUUCAGCAUUGGUGCUUUCUAGGAAAAUUCCACAAUCCAAUGGUGGUAUCAAGGAGGCUUGUAGAUUUUACUUGAUAGAAAGUUCCUUCGCUCUCGCAAUUGCCUUUUUCAUUAAUGUAGCCGUUAUUUCUGUAAGUGGUGCUGUUUGCAAUUCCUCAAAUUUAAAUCCAGAAGAUCAGUCAAAAUGCAAGGACUUGGACUUGAACCAGGCUUCUUUUCUGCUUAGACAUGUUUUGGGUAGUUGGAGUUCAAAACUUUUUGCAAUUGCUUUGUUGGCAUCAGGUCAGAGUUCUACCAUAACAGGAACUUACGCAGGGCAGUAUGUCAUGCAGGGUUUCUUGAAUCUACGAUUGACACCAUGGAUAAGGAAUUUCCUAACUCGAUGCUUGGCAAUUGUCCCUAGCUUAAUUGUUGCACUCAUUGGUGGCUCUUCUGGGGCUGGAAAGCUAAUUAUUAUUGCAUCUAUGAUUCUAUCAUUUGAGCUUCCUUUUGCUCUCAUUCCACUCCUCAAGUUCACUAGUUGCCAAACCAAGAUGGGGAUGCACGCCAACUCAACUGUGAUUUCAGCUAUCACUUGGAUCAUUGGUUCCUUGAUCAUGGCAAUAAAUAUAUACUACCUUGCAAUUGGCUUCAUCAAGAUUCUUCUUCAUGGCCAUUUAAAAGUGGUAGAAGUUGUUUUUCUUGGAAUAUUUGGAUUUUCAGCAAUGGCAUUGUAUUUGGCUUCAAUUGCAUACUUGGUCUUCCGUAAAAACAAGGAAGCUACUCAUCUUUUGGCACUAACGACACCGGAAAGUCGACAGAUGUCUAACGAGUUGGGCGAUACGCCAAUGCAUAACCUCCCAAGAGAAGACAUAGUACGGAUGCAGUUACCUCAAAGAAGGUCUACAGAAGAAGUGGACUGAUAAGUGGUAGGUGACUGAAAUAGCAUUUAGAAUAGUAAAAUAAGUAAGUUUUUCUAGCAGCAGCUGAAACCCAGUUUCUCUCUAAUGAAUAGAAGUUGAAAGACCUUCAAGAUCUAUAAAUGGAAGCUUUGCUUUAUUUUCUCA